CGUAUAUAAGAAGAGUUCGAGAGUUUGACAAUCUCAGUUCACGAUCUCACGCCAAUCGGUAGCAUCACCUUAACGAAAUUGUUCCUUUCGAUCGGUUAAUUAUAAUUUCUAAUCUAAUUUCAUUGAGUUCGUAUCGUAAUUUGUAAGAAAAGUUUCUAAAAGUCUAAAUUUCUAGAAAUUUCAAUCGCAAAGAUGUUCGCUUCGCGCAUUUAUCUGUUGAUCUCGAUACUCGCUGUUGCAUCUGGUGCACCUAAAACGCGAAUCACCAGAUCAACACCAACUUGGCAUUUACCAUGUGGCAAUCAUGUAAAAAUCAACAAUCAUGUGAACAGCGAAGAAGAAGCUAACACGGAUACAAUCAUAAAAAGUGAUAUAAAGAUGGUUGAGAUUCAGUAUCAAUUGACACUGAAGAACUAUCUACUUCAAGACUUCGAGUACUUGUACGAAAAGGUACAAAUCGGUGUUAACGAGCAUCAGUACAUCCCGAGCUGGAUUCCUGGCAAGAAAGACGUGAACGCGAUCAUAAGGCUGAACAAGCCCACCUUAAACUUACAAACGAUCGUGAACCACUUUCCAAAGUUACACAUGGACCUUCAGAAGUUUGCGGUAGCCUUCGAGCAAUUGGUGAAAGACGAGACGGAUCCGAAAAUUUAUUUAGCUCUUCACAAAACGCAGACUAAUAUAAAGGCUAUGCUAUGCGAAGUAGAAACGACUAUCAUAAAUCUGCCACAUCUUAAGAUUCCAUCGCAAGUGGAAAGGAAUAUCAUGAGCAACAUGGAAAGAAAGCCCGUGGACGAAACUAGAAGACUUAUUCGUGAUUGGGGUAUACUUCUCAAAUUCAAAGAUUAUCUUCAUGCCUGGAAGCACAUUUUUGAUUUAGUGUGAAAAAGAAACGUUCGAUAAUAUUAUACAGUAUUCAAAUCCUAUCGCAAAAAUGUCAAUGUUAUUAUAUUUGUGACAAUACAGUAUCGAGGAAAACAAUACGACGAUUGCAACAAAAUUGAUCGAGAACGUACGACGCUUCUCGAGUGCGAUCAAUGAAGAGAAACAAAUCGUAUCACAAUAUGUGCAUGACUGAACACCGAUGGAUACAUUUGUGAUAACAGAAAUUAGAGAUCGUUACGAAAAGUCUGUAGUCAAAUGAUAUUAUUUAAUUAAUUUAUUCGUAAAUUUAUUUAUUACGAUCAUUAGCAUUAGUAUUUAUUAUUUAUUGAUGGAAUUAUUUAUUUGUAAUAUUUAUUGAUAUCAAUUGUACCUUUCAAGCUACCUGUUUAAAGAAGAUUUGACGACUUGUGAUAAUUAUUUAUUUAAGGAAAUCAUAAUAUCUUAUUGACAAGUGACUAUUGUUAAUAUACGAGAUUAUUAGACAUCGGUGAAAGACAAUAAUAGAUUUUUAUAUUGUUCAAUAUUAUCGAAUAAAUAUCGUAAGCAAUAAGUGAUAUAUUUAUGUAUUCAUAUCAUAUUUAAUAAUUUAUUAUUACCUUAUAUUUUAUAAUAAAAGAAAUGAAAUUAAGAAUUAAAAA